AAAGUGGGUAGGGGGGGGGGGGGGGUAGAGGAGUAGGGGCAAGAGUAGGGGAUAGGUAUUUUCAAGGCCGUAUAUAGGUAUUUUAUAUGUGGGGAAGUGUGGGGAUAGGGGCGUGCUCAAGAUUUAUACCAAAUUGAGACAGAUAGGCGUGAUCAAGGCUCUAAAUACAUAGGAAUCUUGCUAAAUACAAGGGCGUCCUUAGGCACCCUUAGGCACUGUAGGUGCAAACAAGAUUAGCUCUUUGCAAUAGUUUACUAGUUACUGCUGUAGUUUACCCUGGGCGCUAAUCCCCGGCAGCGAUUCACAGCAUCGAUGCGGUGCUGUGGGGUGCUGAUAGACUCUUCUAUCCCGAAGUCGUAACGAAACGCCCUAGAUUUCUGUGAUUCACAAUGGAGAAAACGCUGGCCAUUAUCAAGCCGAACGCAAUUGCAAACGCCGAAGAAAUCGAGAAAAUGAUCAUCAAAGAUGGCUUCACUAUUGUUCAGCGACGCCGAGUGCUGCUGUCCAAGGAACAAACCAUGGAGUUUUACGCCGAACACCGUGACAAGCCGUUCUUCAGUGAUCUCAUCAAUUUCAUGACUUCAGGCCCAGUACUAGCCAUGGUGCUCAGUAAGGACCGCGCCGUCCGGGCCUGGCGUCGUCUGCUGGGCCCGACCAGCGUCGCCGCCGCCAUCAAGAAACAUCCAGACUCUAUCCGGGCCAGGUUCGGCUCGAGCGAUACGGAGAACGCCGCCCACGGCAGCGACUCGGCCGAGAGCGCCGAGCGCGAGAUCCGCUUCUUCUUUCCCGACGUGACCCUGUACCCGAUACUGAGCGGCAUGGAGGCCAGGGACUUUGUGGACGACUACGUCAGCGAGACGCUGGUGCGCGGCCUGACCGAGCUGUGCAAGACCAAGCCGGCCGACCCGGUCAGCUGGCUGGCCGAGUGGCUGCUCAACAACAACCCCUACCAGCCGGUGCAGGGCGUCCACUAGUGGUCAGCGGCAGAGCCGCACCCAGUGCUACAGGGCGAGUCACUCAUACGACAUUCGCCACACCACGGUCGCCAUCGCAGCGGUCCCUGACGAUCUCAGAAACUUUGGUGAUCCAGAUUAUACUGGUAGGAAGAGACCAGACUGGCCUCAGUCUGGCAUUAGGUGAGUUCCCCGGUGAAAGCUGUGCGGACACUGAAGUGAACUAUCAGACCGUCGCCUCAACUCUAACUACUGCCGGUGCCGCGCGACCGCCAAUAAUCACUGGCUUCGCCAGAUGUGGUGCAGAGUGGGGUCAAAUGUCGAGUACCUUUGAUUGCAAAAAAAAAUCGAGGAUAUGCUACCUCACAGUGUGUUAAAUCCUCUCUUUUGCGGCCUAGAACGUCAGUGAGACCCUUUUAACGUUUGCGUUACUGCUUACACGCUACACGACAGCUGUGAUCCGACCUGUGGAUCGCCGCUCCAGCUCAGAAAUAUUUUUGCGUCCUUAUUCUGUCUGUGAUAAAAUAUUCAUUGUCUGUGAUAAAAUGCAUACACAUUGUCACAUCA